AUGUCUUACAACCGUGACAACAACGACAGCUACUCUGGUGGCAACAAUGACAGCUACGGUUCCUCUGGCCGUUCCGGCCUAGACAGCAAUGAUACCUACGGAUCAUCAGGCCGAUCAGGCCGAUCAGGCAACGAUGACAACGACACCUACGGAUCCAACAAGUCUUCCAGCAACACCUACGGCUCUUCCGGCCGAUCUGGAAAUGACGACAACGACACCUACGGAUCCAACAAGUCUUCCAGCAACACCUAUGGCUCUUCCGGCCGUAACGACGACAACGACACCUACGGAUCCAACAAGUCCUCCAGCAACACCUACGGCUCUUCCGGUCGUAACGACGACAACGACACCUACGGAUCAAACAAAUCCUCCAGCAACACCUACGGCUCGUCCGGUCGAUCUGGUAACGAUGACAACGACACCUACGGAUCCAACAAGUCUUCCAGCAACACCUACGGCUCUUCCGGCCGAUCUGGCAACGACGACAAUGACACCUACGGAUCCAACAAGUCUUCCAGCAACACCUACGGCUCCUCUGGCCGAUCUGGUAAUGACGACAACGACACCUACAGCUCUACCAAGACCUCUUCCGGCAACACCUAUGGCUCUUCCGGCAACGACGACAGCUAUGGAUCUAAGUCCCGUGGUGACAACGAUACCUACGGAUCUAAGUCUCGCGGUGACAACGACAGCUACGGAUCCAAGACCCGUGGUGACGAUGACAGCUACGGCUCCAAGUCUUCCUCUGGAAACACCUAUGGUUCCUCUGGCAAUGACAACAGCGGAUCUGGAUACUCUCGUGGAAACGACGAUGAUGAUGACCGCAACAAAUCUACUACCCAGAAGGUCCUUGGCAAGGUUGGCGAUAUGAUCGGUGAGAAGCUCUCUGGCUCUGGCUCUGGCAGCCGCGGAGGAUCCGACUCCAACUACUAG